CCUUACUGGCGGGGCGGUUGGGAGGUGAAGGGAGAGUCUUUUCAGCGCUGAGGACUGGCGCUGAGGAGGCGGCGGUGGCUCCUGGGGCGUUUGAGCGGGCUCACCCGAGCCCGCGGGCCAACGCGGAUCCAGGCCCGACUGGCGGGACUGCCCCGGACUCCCCGCGGGCCUUUCUCGCCGCCAUGGAGGACGGUGUCUAUGAGCCCCCAGACCUGACCCCAGAGGAGCGGAUGGAGCUGGAGAACAUUCGGCGGCGGAAGCAGGAGCUGCUGGUGGAGAUCCAGCGCCUGCGCGAGGAGCUCAGUGAAGCAAUGAGCGAGGUGGAGGGUCUGGAGGCCAAUGAGGGCAGUAAGACCUUGCAGCGGAACCGGAAGAUGGCAAUGGGCAGGAAGAAGUUCAACAUGGACCCCAAGAAGGGGAUCCAGUUCUUGGUGGAGAAUGAACUUCUGCAGAACACACCUGAGGAGAUCGCCCGAUUCCUGUACAAGGGCGAGGGCCUGAACAAGACGGCCAUCGGGGACUACCUGGGGGAGAGGGAAGAGCUGAACCUGGCCGUGCUCCAUGCCUUUGUGGAUCUGCAUGAGUUCACCGACCUCAAUCUGGUGCAGGCCCUCAGGCAGUUUCUGUGGAGCUUCCGCCUCCCUGGAGAAGCCCAGAAGAUUGACCGGAUGAUGGAAGCCUUCGCCCAGCGAUACUGCCUGUGCAACCCCGGGGUUUUCCAGUCCACAGACACCUGCUACGUGCUGUCCUUCGCCGUGAUCAUGCUGAACACCAGCCUGCACAAUCCCAACGUCCGGGACAAGCCGGGCCUGGAGCGCUUCGUGGCCAUGAACCGGGGCAUCAACGAGGGCGGGGACCUGCCUGAGGAGCUACUCAGGAACCUCUACGACAGCAUCCGAAAUGAGCCCUUCAAGAUCCCGGAAGAUGAUGGGAAUGAUCUGACUCACACCUUCUUCAACCCGGACCGGGAGGGCUGGCUCCUUAAGCUGGGGGGCCGGGUGAAGACGUGGAAGCGGCGCUGGUUCAUCCUGACAGACAACUGCCUCUACUAUUUUGAGUACACCACGGACAAGGAGCCCCGAGGGAUCAUCCCCCUGGAGAACCUGAGCAUCCGGGAGGUGGACGACCCCCGGAAACCAAACUGCUUCGAGCUUUAUAUCCCCAACAACAAGGGGCAGCUCAUCAAAGCCUGCAAAACGGAGGCAGAUGGCCGAGUGGUGGAGGGGAACCACAUGGUGUACCGCAUCUCAGCCCCCACACAGGAGGAGAAGGAUGAGUGGAUCAAGUCCAUCCAGGCCGCAGUGAGCGUGGACCCCUUCUAUGAGAUGCUGGCGGCCAGGAAGAAGCGCAUUUCUGUCAAGAAGAAGCAGGAGCAGCCCUGACCCCUUGUCCCCAACCCCGUUAUUUAUUACUGAGCCUCCCCGCCCGGGCGGCCGGCCCCCUGGGACGUGGCGCUAUGGAUCCUGGUUCCCUCUUUGGAAAAUGCACCACCUCUAGUUCCUCUCGCAUUAUUUGUAAUUAACACGCUGUUGGUAAUCUUAUUAAUUAUUGAAGCA